AUGACUGAAGGGAAAAGAAAAAAGAAGCCCCUCAGCAGCAUAACCAUGCUGAAAGAGGACCUUCGAGUAGAGGAGAGGAGCUCCCUGAAAGAUGGUACAGUGUUCUCAAAGUCCCUUGGGAAAGUCAUAAAGAUGAGUAAGCUAUCCGAAGCCCCCAAUUGUGCCCAUGCUGCCAUUUGUUCCAUCUUUACAAGAGAUGAAGAGGAAUUCAUGAACAGCGAUGAACCAGAAGAAGGCACUCCAUACUGUGCAUGCACCCUCCACUCCAACAAACAGGUUAAGACCUUCCAAGGGCAUAAAAUCCUCAGUAAAGCUGAGGAAAUAGUAUCUGAUGAAGAAGAACCCUCUUCAAGUAAGCCAGAAGGUACAACUGAAACCCAGGAUAUUAUAAUUAGCUCACUCCCAGCAGUAGCCGUAAGAGUCUCUCCAGUAGGCUCACCAGAACUUCAGGCCCUAUUCAUGAAAAAAGGCCCCCAGCCCUCUGUCAUUAAAAUGCAAACACCAACAACUCCAUCCCUAUUCUCACCAGCUAACAUAUGUGAAAUCCAAGGCUGCACCAACAUUGCCAGAUACGAAGCUAAGGCUGGUAAUCAACAUUACCAGGGUAUGUCUCGAGCAUGCCACAGACAACAUUAA